UCUGCUAGGUGCAGCAUGUAUGUGAGCGUGUGUGAGCCAGCAGAGCCGCCUGUGUGUUUAUAUGUCAGCCUAUCAGCGCUGCCAGAUUUAGCGCAUCUGGAGAGGACGAAGGCAUUUCUCAAAUGCUCCUCAAACAAGGGAUUCUCACCGCUGCAUAUAUCCUCCUUUUCCAUUUGAAUCGAGCCAGUCUUGAAUCCUGCGUUCCUGUCUCCAUGCUUUCAGAGGCAUUUUGAAUUUCCUUGGCAACAUGGAGAUGCCUGAAUUAGAAUUCUCUGCAUGGCAGUCCUGGUAAGCAGUAGGAUGGUGUCUGGGGAGGCAGGAGGGCACAGCUACUUGGUGGCAUGCUGGCAGCCCAUCCUGAUCCUGAUGCUGGGUACCGUCCUGUCUGGCUCCACCACUGGUUGCCCCUCCCGCUGUGACUGCAACGCACAGGAGCGCUCAGUCGUGUGCCAUCGACGAAGAUUGGCAGCUCUUCCUGAGGGCAUCCCCACUGAAACAAGGCUGCUGGACCUCAGCAAGAACCGUCUCAAAACUCUAGGACCUGAGGAAUUCAUUAAUUACCCUCAGCUGGAGGAGCUGCAACUUAAUGAAAACACAAUUUCAACCAUCGAGCCUGGGGCUUUUAGCAAUCUUAUGAACCUUCGAAUUCUAGGUUUACGAAACAACCAGCUGAAGCUCAUUCAACUGGGGGUGUUCACAGGCCUGACCAACCUCACCCAGCUGGAUAUUAGUGAGAACAAAAUUGUCAUUCUGCUAGACUAUAUGUUCCAGGAGCUGUACAACCUGAGGGCUCUAGAGGUUGGUGACAAUGACCUAGUAUUCAUCUCACCCAGAUCAUUUCAUGGCCUCAGCAACCUCGAAAGCCUCACCAUUGAGGGAUACAAUCUGGUGUCAGUGCCCACUGAUGCCCUUAGCCAUCUGCAUAACCUGCUGUCACUUCGAUUACGCUAUUUCAACGUCACUGUCAUAAAGGAUUACUCCUUCAAGAGGCUCUAUCGGCUCAGAGUGCUGGAGAUUUCUCAUAUGCCUGCUUUGGAUACCAUGAUGGCAAAAUGUUUGUUUGGCCUCAACCUCACAUCAUUAUCCAUCACACAUUGUAAUCUUACCGUCAUCCCCUAUGAAGCCGUCAGUCACCUAAGGUACCUUCGGUUUCUGAAUUUGUCUUUCAAUCCCAUUCAUACUGUUGAAGGGAACCAGCUGUUCAACCUGCAGAAGCUACAGGCAUUUCAUUUGGCUGGUGGGAGAUUAGAAGCCAUUGAGCCCUACUCUUUCAGAGGACUCAACCACCUCCGUGUACUCAAUGUAUCCAGCAAUAGCUUGAGUACCCUGGAGGAGUCUGUCUUCCAUUCUGUGGGAAACCUGGAGACCCUGGCUUUGUAUGACAACCCGUUGGCCUGUGACUGUCGCUUGCUCUGGGUCUUUCGCCGGAGGUGGAGGCUCAACUUUAACAGACAACAGCCCAUGUGUGCUUCACCUGAAGCUGUGCAAGGAAAGGAGUUCAAGGAUUUCCCAGACAUCCUCCCUUCAGACUAUUUUAUUUGCCAGAAAUCAAAGAUCCUGGAUUAUAAAGUUCAAGAAAGCCAUGUAGAUGAAGGAACUACGGUUCAUUUCAAUUGCCAAGCAGAGGGCGAUCCAGUCCCUGUGAUAAUGUGGCUAUCCCCUAAAAAGGAAUACAUCACCACCAAAACUGUGGGAUCAAGACUUUCUGUGAAUAAUGAGGGCACUUUGGAGGUGCGGUAUGCCCAAAUCCAGGACAACGGCACCUACUUGUGCAUUGCAAGCAAUGCAGCAGGCAAUGACACCAAAGCUGCUCACCUUUUUGUGCAUAGCUACUCCCCUAAUUGGCCUCACCAGCCAAACAAGACAUUUGCUUUCAUUUCUAACCAGCCCAGUGAUGAAGGUGCUAAUGUGACCCGGGCCACAGUUCCAUUUCCAUUUGAUGUAAAGACACUUAUCAUUGCAACCACUAUGGGAUUUAUCUCUUUCCUUGGAGUUGUUCUCUUCUGUCUUGUUAUAUUAUUCCUCUGGAGUAGAGGGAAGGACAACACUAAGUCAAGUAUAGAGGUUGAAUAUGUGCCACGUAGUGGGGAAACAGAGGAGGCCAGUCCAACUGAGGCACCUAUACAGUUCAACAUGAAAAUCAUGUGAAGCUCAAAAGGAGGUCAUGUAAGCUUACACGCUACAUUUGGGAUGCAUACUACCCUCGCUUCAAAUAUGUACUCAGUUUAUGAGAGAUAGAAAAUGCACAGAAGCAAAGGCAUCUUGACACUAUACCCAAGACUUUUUUUUCUACUUCAGGGACUGAAUCUUUAAGAGAAAAUGUUGAAUUUUAAAUAUUAAAAUGUCUGUAAAUUUGUAUUGGCAGUGUUCAAUCGGUAUGUUAACAUGCACUCAGCAGUCCAAUUACUGCAUCCAACCAAAUUAAGGCAAUAGUCCGAAUAAAGCACAUGGAUUACAUCAGAUGGACUGCCAGUAAACGGAGUUUGCACGACUGGCGGGUUACUGACUGGAAGGAGGUGGAGCCUGAAGGUAUAAUAUUUAUAUCACAAGAUAAAAGAACAAACUUGUUGUUGGCAUCUGGUUGCUUGUUUGAUAUCUUUUUCCUUCAUAUGAAAUGCACAAAAACCCAUUACUAAAACUCAAGAUCUAUAAGUUGUAAUAUUUUGUUGAAAGCUGUUUCUCCACUUUCUUUUGUGCCAACACAAGCAACUAACAAGUAUGACAUGCAGUAAGUAUUAGGAACUCUAUCUAAACAAAGAAUACAGUCACAUUUAAAUGUACUUUCAAGAAAAAAAAAGGUUUACAUUUCGAGAAGGAAAAUAUAAAACUACAAAAUUAAUAAGUUCAUACGAGGAGAAAUAAGUUAAUGUUUUCAAAGUUGUAAUGUUCUCUGAAAUAGAAAUUUUAGUAUUAAAAUCAGUUGAUAGAUUCGGGAAAGAAAGAAGACUAACUA